AUGGUUCUUGAUACACAAAAUCUUAUUUUAUUAAUUGUAUUCUUAAUUGUUGGUGUUGCUGCUAUAAUAUGUUGUAUUUAUUGUUGUGCUUGUAAACCUGCAUGUAUCAAUACUCGUCGACGAUUACUUAAUCGACAAAUAGAACGAGAUCAAGAAGCAAUCGAACAAGAACGUCAAGCUGAUCAAGCUCAAUUACGUGAUACAUUUGCAGCUAAUCAACAAACACGAGAUGAUAUUCGAAAUAAAUAUCAACUUAGAUAA